UGGAACACUGCAGGAUUAUCCUCUGCAUGAGCUCCAGACGCACUCCACAACCAAGACCGUGUUAAAAACAAGUGCUGAACUAAAACCUUAGAGGCCAGUAAUAUCACAGGCCAGACCUGUGUAAUGAUAUCUGGAUUAUUUUACUCUUAGAAGGUCCUACCAUUGUUUGUGAAUGGGUUCACCGGUGUGCUUGAGGAAGUCCACUUUUCUGCAGACGUCUUCAGUCUUGCUUCGCAUCACCCAGCACCAUGUCUGGCUCCUAUGAUGAAUCCGCUGUCUCUGAUGAGGCCAUGGACAGCUUUUGGGAGGUGGGAAAUUAUAAGCGUGCUGUCAAGAGAAUUGACGACGGCCAUCGACUCUGCAAUGAUCUAAUGAGCUGCCUUCAGGAACGUGCCAAGCUCGAGAAGUCCUACAGCCAGCAGCUCACUGAAUGGUCCAAGAGGUGGAGGCAGCUGAUCGAGAAAGGGCCUCAGUACGGCUCUGUGGAGCGGGCCUGGUUAGCCAUGAUGACUGAGGCCGAUAAGGUGAGUGAACUUCAUCAGGAGGUAAAGAACGGUCUGAUGAACGAGGACAUCGAGAAGGUGAAGAACUGGCAGAAAGACUCGUACCACAGACAGAUAAUUGGUGGCUUCAAGGAAACCAAAGAGGCAGAGGAGGGCUUCAAGAAAGCCCAGAAACCCUGGGCGAAGAAACUCAAAGAGAUGGAAACGGCAAAGAAGACCUAUCACAUGGCAUGUAAAGAGGAGAAACUGGCUGCAGCCCGUGAGGCAGAUGCAUCCGCGACUCCUGACCAGCAGAAGAAACUCCACGAGAAGACAGAGAAAUGCAAACAGGAUGUGCAGAAGGCGAAGGAGAAGUACGAGAAGUCUCUGGACGAGUUGUCGAAGUGCACACCGCAGUACAUGGAGUCCAUGGACCUGGUGUUUGACCAGUGCCAGCAGCACGAGGUCAAACGACUGACCUUCCUCAAAGAGGUUCUCCUGGACAUCAAACGACACCUAAACCUCACAGAGAACCAAAACUAUGCAUCAGUGUACCGUGAGUUUGAACGCACCAUUCUGGCUGCCAACACACAGGAGGAUCUGAAGUGGUUCAGUAAUAAUCACGGUCCUGGCAUGCAUAUGAACUGGCCCCAGUUUGAGGAAUAUAAUCCAGAUGCCACCAAUGCUGUUGCCAAGAGAGAAAGGAAGAAGCCAGAUGGAGUCGCUCCUGCUACUCCAAGCACAGAGCAUGCAGGUCAACCAGGAGACCGUGGCAGUGUGAGCAGCUAUGAAAAGAACCAGGCGUACUCCACAGAAUGGUCAGAUGACGAGCAGCCCGCGGGGUACUCGGGGAAUGAGACGAAUGGUGGUGCGAACUCUUUCGAGGAUGACUCGGGCAGCAGAGGAGGAGUGCGGGUGCGAGCGCUCUAUGACUAUGAAGGGCAAGAGCAGGAUGAGCUAAGUUUCAAAGCAGGGGAUGAAUUAACAAAGAUUGAAGAGGAAGAUGACCAGGGAUGGUGCAGAGGCCGUCUGGACAGUGGCCGGACAGGCUUAUACCCAGCCAAUUACGUUGAGGAAAUCUGAUCACCUGACUGGAGGACAACACUCCUUUGGAGGCAGCUCUUAUUGUCCGAUAUAACCACAUGGCAAAAAUGCCAGAGACUUAAUAUGAACGACUUUCCCUGAAGAUGUGCAAUGCAGUCUUGUUUAAAAUCGAAAUAAUCUUAGUAAAGAUAGCCACACUGUAUAUAUUGAUCUGGGAGGCGGGGAAGAGCUUGCUCACUACUAAUAUCUAUUUGCAAAUAUUUAAAAAGCAUAUACAUGGGUGCAAACAAGCAGAUAUGAACAAAUAAAUGACCCAUCAGUUAUGCAAGUGCAGGCUACACAUUAUUGGUGCAGAUUACAUGUUAUUUGAAAUCAUAUUACAGACAUUAGCGUAAAAUCCAACUGAACAGAUAUUCGCGUGGCUACUCUGCUGUAUUUUAGUCCAAAGUUCAUCUAACAGAGUCAGUGUGCAAUUAUGGGGUACUUGUCCAGUGUCACGUGUUAAACAGAAAAUGAUUCACAACGGGCUGUUGGGCUUUCCUCUUUCUCACCAUCAGUCCAUGCCUGGUUGCGCUGAUUAUUAUAUUAGGUAUCGUUCUCUUGAUGUCUGUGUCUGUAUGCAUAGCAGCAUGCGCUAUGGAGCAUGUAGCCGUUGUUUCCUCAGGCCAUCUGUACUGUAUGCAGUUCCCACAGUGACCACAGAGGGCAGCAGCCUCAUGUCAACCUGGGAAAUCUCAGGCUAUGUUCAGAACAAAAUACUAUAUUAACAGUAGUAUUAAUACUGCAUACUAUUUUUAAAGAUAGUAUGUGAUACAGUAUGCAUUAUGUGUGUAUGCGGUAUACCUUAGUCAGGGUGGUGCCAUAUUUAAUUUGAGUUUUGAAUUUUGAAACUAUGAGGGACUGAAGUGCAGUGUGUUCAGUGGAUUGUACUGCUUCUGCAGCUGAGGAAACAUCUUUAUGAAAACAAUUGUUUUGAAAGUUGUGAUUUGUCGAAAAAACACAUGAUCUAGGACUUUUACACAGUGUGUGCCAUUGUUAAGACUGUAAAUCUCUCCCUCACAGCCUCGUUUUCAUCCGUGUUAAAUUCAACAUGGCUUCUAACCAGACUAAGAGCUAUUAUUGCAUGUAAGUGGCAUCCAGAUAUCAUCACACAAUACAAUUGUCUUGAAAUUUAAUUUAAAAUUGUGCAAAAAUGUCUCAUUAUUGGAUGACACCAAAAUGUUUUGUUUUUUUUAAACAAGAAUUAUUUUUAUUCGUCACACAUCGCAUCAUGGGAUCUAUACUAUGUUUUAAAUAAACAAAAUCAUCUGGGUAUUCCAUGCACUGUACCCAGUAUGCAUACUAAAAACUAAAAAAGUAUGUAAGCAUGAUGUUCUGAACAUAGCCACAGCUGUCCAACUGGCUGAUCAUUGCACAGUGUCAUCUCAUGUUUGUCAAAGUCAUGUGUUGUUCUUAGUUUCUCCAAGAAGGUCUUGUAUAAGCAUUGUCUCUAUUUGGCAUCCCUUCAUGGUCACCUCUUGAUACCAAAUCAAGGUUUUUUAGGUGGACAUGAAUGUUUCCUCUGCAUGAUUUGGGCUACUUAUGCACAGCAGAUUGAACAGACAAAAAUCCGUGAGUGAAUUUCACACCUGAUAAACCACAUGCAUCAUAAGUUCAGAAGUUAGUGGUAUUAAGAUUCCCUGUAGUUUCAUGGCUUAACUAACACGCUCUGAUUUUGCAUCAAGACUAUUGUUUAAAACAUGUAAUAAAAUCUUUUCAAUUCUGAAAUGCUAACUAAAAUAAAAGUUGAAGCAUGGUGCCAAACUAUGAUUUGCAGGCAAUAUACAGUACAGUGGGCCAGAAAGUAUUUGGACACUUAAAGGGAUAGUUCACCCAAUAAUGAAAAAUCUGUCAUCAUUUACUCUAUUAACUAUUAGUUGUUCCAAACCUAUAUGCGUUUCUUUCUUCUGUUGAAUGCAAAAAAAGAUAUUUUAAAGAAUGUUGGUAACCAAACAGUAGUAGUUAUUGACUUCCAUGAAAUUCAGUGGUUACUGUUGGUCUUCAAAAUAUAUUCUUUAGCGCUCAACUGAAGAAAAAUCAAUACAGAUUUGGAACAACUUGGAGUAAAUGAUGACAAUUUUUUUUUUUUUAAUUGAACUAUCGCUCUUAACCACUCAUUGCAUUGCAUUGGAUUACAAAAUAUCACACCACUUAUUGUAUUUGACAGAAAGAUAGCACAAGCACAAAACAACAACAA